AGCUCAGUCUGCGUAGAAUUGUUGAAGGAGACGGAGUAACUUUGCGUAUUGGUUGAACGGUGUGGAAUUGAUGUUUUGAGUUGAUACAAUUUGAUUAACGUUAUCAGUGGCAUGUUAAGCAGGUGUUUGCUGCAUAAGCAAAUUAUUAUCAAAGGUUUAUGCUCAAUAUGCGAUAGAGAAUUCUGUUGAUAUUUUACUCAAAUUAAAAAGAUGCUCCGCCUAAAGUACCCUUUCGACCCUGUUGGAAAUAUUCAGGCACGCGACAUUCUCGUAUGGAAAACGGAACCCGCUAGUCCCAAUCACAUCCUACUAGCGUCCAACGGAAAUCUGGUAACAGUUUUGGAGCAAACCAACGGCCAGUGGGUUCAGUUAUUCCACUGGGACAUCCCAGCUCCCAUCCUUCAAUGGCAUCAAGCCGACAACCUGCUGCUGGUUAGAGUUGACCACGGUUUACAGGUGUACCGUUUGGAUUUGCCUAACCGGACGUUCAUUUCGCUCGGUGAGAAUGCCGAAAUUGCGAGUCACUGUGAGUUUGGACAGUUUUAUUGGGACAAGCGGGAUACCGGUGCCGUAACCGUCGAUUGGAGUGGCAAGGUGCAGUUCUACAAGCUGGUGGUGGUGGCUGGUCGGACGAGUUGUCCGAUGCGAUGGCUGCGGGAUGACCAUUAUCGGGAACAGUUGGUGGACGGCGUGGAUGGGGUGUUUGUACGGGAGAUUCGGGAGGAGUUGGAGGUGGUUGUGGUGGUGGGACGAACGACGGGGAUAAGUAUUUUUACCUUUGAUGAGAAGUAUUAUUUGGUAAGGUUGAUGGAGUUUGGUGUUGGGGAAUUGAAUGUUAAGGAUUUAGUUUUUGUACCGAACGAUCAGGAGUUUCGAAACAUUAUUUUAGUUGGCGAAAAUAGUACUUUGUUGUAUCACUACCAAGAUGAAGCCUACAGUAGAGUUGGUAAAAGUUUGAAUCAUUUAACAAACCUUACAUCUAAAUUGCUUUUAUCAAAUGCAGGACUAUGUUUUGCAACAACUACCAGAGGAAUGGUAUGUCUUUGUACUGACGCUUGGGAAUCUAUAUUGGACAUUUCUGAUUUGAAACCGGAAGAUCGCUUAGCUCAAGUUCUUUGGGUAUGCAACGACAUGAUCUUUGUCAAGUCCGCAAAAGGAAACAUCUUCGUCACGUCGACUUACUCGAUUGACAACCAGAAAGUAGUGAGUCAACCUGAGUUACCAAAAACCACCAGGAACUACCCUACCGUCGAAUUCCCUCUCAACGAGUCCUUUUCUAACGAACCUCGCGUUCUCUCCCUCGCGGACAUCGUAACGGUCAAGAGCUUUGCCGAGUGCGUCAACGUGAAAACCGGCAAGCUCUGUUUCUCGCUACCCCUGGUGCAGAUCGUCAAUCCCUUGGGUAUGGACAUCGUUCAGCGGCUGGACUACAUUCAACCCGCGCGGAGAUCGCGAGAUCCUCAGGGAAUUUUAGGUUGCGGUUGGAGGCUGGAGUUGAACUGUAUCUGCCUGUUGGCGGAGGUUGCGCACGGUGCCCAUCGGUACGUGUGGAAUCGGAAUGGGGUGGUUCUUCGUUUGGAGGGAUGUGGACAGGGGAGAUUUUCGGUGCAAGGGAUGCCUGAAGCAAAGUUGUUCGUUGAAUACCUUGGCGUGGAGGAGAAGUGGGUUGUGCAAGGGGAUCGAUUCCGGUAUGUUUUUGGAGGGCAAGCUGUUCAGCGGACCGUUCGUCACGCAGAUUACUCCGGGCCUGUCGUUGGAGGUCGGAAUCUUGUGGAGAGAAGUGUGGCUUGGUAUUUGACGGAAGUCUAUUCGGAUCAAUAUGUUCAGCGAUAUUCGUACGAAUUGGAAGAAGUUGAUGUUGAGCAGCAUAGGGUAACUCAUGCAGUUUUGAUCAAGCAAAUGACGGAUUCUUUGGGAACAUGCAUCACAUUUGAGUAUGACAGUAAAAAUUCUGGUGAAUAUCAGAAUUACUUGUUCGAUCACGAGUCAAAUCUUCCUAUUUUACCAUUUUCUACAAAGUUCUUGAACAAACUAAUGGUUGAUUCAAAGCAGUUUAAGAAUUGCUUCCUGUUCAAAUACAUUCUUCGAGAUAACGUUCGUUACUUGCAAACGAUCAAGCAGUUUGAAGAAAUGAUCAGUUUUUGUUAUACCACUUCGAUCUCUGCAGAUAUCCAAUCAAUUUCAAUGAUAAUUCUUCCAGAUAAUAAUACUUACGCUUUCCAAUACGAACCACCAGAUAUAACUCAGAACAUUUCCUCUCCCAUUGAAGUUCCGGUGCAAGAUCAACCAAAGCUGCAUCAAACUUCGCAGAACGUGAUUGUUUCGUACAUCGGAGAACAUCAACUUUGCGUUGAAAUUUACGAUCGUCAAGUCAAGAAACGGCUUAAUUACUUCAAAAUUGGUCACCGCAAACCUCUCACGUACAUCUUGAAGGCAGGCGAAGAUCACGUGGUGGUUUCUUUAGUGUUUGAAAGUGGGACCAAGCAGAUUUCUCAAUUAACCAGAACCGCUGAAGGUCGCUGGGAGCGAAGCCCUAGCGAGAUUUCGAUCAAGGAUGACGAACUGUUCAAAUUUGGAAACGAUUUCGCGGUCAUUUACAACAGGACUUCGCUGAAGGCGAUCUACCGUUGGACAGAGGGGACUUUUGAGUUGUGCAAAAUUCCGAAGGGCUUUGAACAGGUAGAAGACCUAGCCAUCACUACGACAGAUGAUGCCUUCUUAAUGUGCUGCAAUAAGGCAGUUUGGAUGGUUCAGUUUUGUUCGUGGAAGAAUUGCUUCGAGUUUCGUGCCAUUUGUGAACUCGAUCCAAAGUUAAGAAACUUGAACGCCUUCGAUGCCCUGGAUUGCACAGAAUCUGAGCGAAACGUGCUAAAGGAAGCGUUCCUGUCCUCUUCCAUCUACGUGUUUCACAAUGUGAUUGUUGUAGCGGAUUUGCAACGGGAUGAAUCCUGUUUCCACCUUGUAAUUCAACUGUACCAUUUGAACGAAAGUUUGCAGAUCAUCAAAUCUGCAACUUUCAAGCAAUUCAUCACAAGGUUCGAAGAAAAUUUCGAAUUUUUCAACCAGGAGAUUCACGUGGAAUGCUUACUCAUUGAUGGCAAGCUUCAAAUCAAGCUGAAGAACCUACCACGAGGUGUUGCCCCUUCCGAAGAGCAGACCCGUCAGUGCUACGAGAGAUUGCUGGAACUGUUGGGGAAGAAGAUUCGUGCUGGGUUGUUCCAGCUGCAUCAAACUGGUGGAGGAUUCCGGUGUGGCGAUGUUGAGUAUUUGUAUGAUGGGCAGGAAUGGUCUUCCCAAUUUGUAGAACGAUCUUUUCCGAUAGAUGAAAGUCUUACAUUCACUCGUAAUGAUGAAUGCUUCUCUGUUAGGAAUUCAACGGGAAUGAUUUUGUUUGAAGACCAUCUACAGAAGGAAAGUACGAUUCUUAGUGGCAAACACUUCAUAGCAUACCAAACUGAGUGUGAUUCAAGGUAUGUUCUUCUGAAUAGUACUGUUAGUGAUCGCUUAGAGUGUCACUCCUUGCCACGUGGAGAGCAAAUCUUCACCAAAACUGACCACAUGCUCGUUACCUUGAAACCGAGCAACGUAAUCGGAGAUGGUUCGAUUUUAACGUUCCAUAACCUAGCGCUGCAGCAUGAGUUGCUGAACAGCUUGGUAUUGCAGAGAUCUUGUCUAACAAUUGGAGAGGAAUCAUUCCAGAACGUAUAUCAGUAUGCUGAACCGGAGGUAACCGCUGUUGGUCUGAUAUUUCACCGUACAACCAAGAUUCCUCAGCAGGGAUUCGGCUAUGUGCGCUACGAGGACGGCGAUCGCGAGGAAUUUUACAGCGAAUCCAACGAGCAAGUGCUCGUCCGCGAUCACUCCAAAUCCCCUGGAGAAUCAAAAGCACAGAAGAACAUCCUUUACGAUUCGCGAGGGAAGCUGGAGAUCGUGGACUGUUCGCCGUACUGCUGGGAAAAGCAACAGAUUUGCUACUACGGGUUCGAAGAGUACGAGAGACUUCCGGAAGGUUGGGACUUUGGAGAUGUGCAGGUCGUGCGAAAAGGAUUCGCUGGCAGUGGGCAGAGUUUUGGUAGAAUUGGGAAAGGCGGCAGGAUCGUUGGUCACGUGACGCCAAAAGAUUUGUCCGGAAUGUUUAGGUUUGUCUGUUUGGUCCGUCCCAAGGAUCGUCUCGUAGUUGGGGAGAUCUCAUCAGCAGUAACAGCUACGAUUGGUGAGACGCAACUCAGUGGAAGAGUAAUGCGCCGAAACAACAGCGAUUGGUACACGAUCGAGUUGGAGAUCUUUGUUGAGGAAUCCAACGCAACGAUUACAAUUUAUUCGGAUAAACCGCUAGAAAUUGAUCACUUCUGGUUUGCCCCACUCGAUUUCGAGUUCAAAGCAAAGAUUUACGACCCCAUCGACGGCAGCAUUGCCGGGGAAAUUGAUCGUUACGGACGGUCGAAGCGCUUCUUCUACGACCUUUGCCAGAGACAGGCAGUGGCCACCGACUUUGAUGGCAAGCUGGAUUCGUUCGUUGCCUUUGCGGGGAGCAGCACUGAUGGUUUGAGGUUGAAGUUGCAGGUACAACCGAAACGAGGGUUUGUUGAAAGUUUCGAAGGCUUUUCACAAAGGUGGAGGGUAAGAUCCAGUUCCGGGUUGAGUGUUCAACCUUAUCGACUGUUGCAUGUUGGGAAUGACGUUGGGCUGAUUUCGUUGAUUGAAAAUGUACCUGAUAAUGUUGGAAUUGGAUUUGGUUAUUCAUUACACGAAAACUCCAAAUUAGAACUAAAUUUUGCUUCUCAAAACAUUCAUCUACAAAGAUCGUUAGAAGACGUUGAACUUGUUGUAGAUUCUUCCAAUUUCAGCGUUCCAUGUAGUGGAACAAUACUCAUACUUUUCCUUGAAGAUCGAUUGGUCAUAGCCCUUGAUGGUUCUGUUCUACACGAUCAAGUAGCACCUAUCCAACACCCAAACCAGGUUAGCAUUCAACUUUCAGGAACACUCCAACUUGAAAUGCUCCGUCUAGCCAUCGAUCCCCUGAUCCGCGUCCAAUAUAUCGACGCAUCCGACUGCGUGAUCCAGGAGCUCAAGAUCAUCAACGGCUCCGAAGUAGACAUCCAAGAAUCUGUCUACGAUCGCCUUCAUCGACUUGCCUUUCAAACAGUUUGGACACGCUACCAGUGUCCCCCAGCAUCCCCGUUGAUCCGUUACUACGAGGAGUUCAUCGAGAAAUCGAAUCUCUUCGAGGACGGAACCAUGCGCGGUCUAGUCCACGAUCUCAAUCCAGCCUUCUCGGGCUUCCCAUACUAUCGCUACCACUACGAGAACGCUCCAGUUGCGAAGCAACUACAGCGAGAUAUGCCCGGAACAAGCGGUGAUCAACAGAGAACUUCCCGCUGCAAGGUUCCGGGCGUGCUGGAGCGAAUGUACCCUCGCGAGGAAGGUUUCAGCGCGGUUUGUAGGAGUUCGCGUGUCAAGAUCAGCGAUGAUCGCGGCAAUACGGUGGCGCUGUACGAGGAGUUUGCUGGGGCUAAGGCUCGGCUGAGUAGCUUCGCGUACGACGGGGAUGGUAGGAUGAUUGCAAAGUUUGCUCCGCUGUAUCACGAGAGGGUGGAGACUUUGCUGCGGGGGGAUGGUUGGAAGCUGGAUAGGAAUGAUCAGCUUCAGCAGCAGUGGGGAUCGUGGUACGAGUAUGAUCGGGAGGGUAGGCUUGUUGAAGAGCGUGGACCGGAUAAGGGAACUGUGAGGUAUCGUUACGAGGGGAAGUUGCUUGUCGAGAAGCAGCUAGGUUCGGCUACGGUGAGGUAUUCGUAUGAUCGAGGUGGUGAACUUCGUCGUACCAGCUCCGGUGGAAGCAGUAUUGAAUAUUUUGUAGGGAAACAGCUUCACGGUUCUGCAAAUAUGUGUUUAAAGCGUAGAAUUGUGUCUGAAGGUGUAGAGGAAGUCAGCAUUUACGAUUUUGAUGAGAAUCUUCUAGAAAAUACUGUCAAGGUGAAUUCAGUGGUUCCUAAAGAGGUGAUCAUGCGAUUUGAAUACGUCAAGAAGAAGCUGUCUGAGGUCAGGUAUCCAGAAGGAAGUGAUCUUCAUUUGAUCUACUCCUACGAUCCAAGCGGAAGAUUGGUUGGUAUUGGAGAUUCUGGGAAUCCCUACCGAUUUAUUCGCAAUAGCUUCGACGCUAACGGAUUACAAACCAGUCAGAUUCACUGUCAAAGCAAUGGUGAAUCAUUUGCGAGGUUAUUCGCUUACAACAACGCUUUCUAUCCAACAGUCUAUGAAGAUCCGUUUAUGAAGCAGAAAAUAACUUACGGAGAGGAUAGUUAUGGUGGUCUCAACUAUGACUACAAGAAAGUAACAGCUAUCCAAACUGACAAUACGUGGUUAGAUAGAUGUGACCCAGGGGCAGUCGGCUUGAACACGGAAAGUUUUUCAGGGGUUACAAGAUCUGAGAAGGUCUACGACCUGUUGCAAGAGAAAGGAAUCGUUGACAGCGAUGGAAUCGUUACAAAGUCGUUCUAUCCUGACUUGUACCCUGGACUACCCAUGAAUUUGACCUCUGACAAUGCUAUACAGAAAAUUUUGCUGCAUAAAUUCCCCAAAUGUUGUGGCUAUCGCUGUGAUUACGGCAUCGAUAACCAGUUGAUCCGAGCAAAAUAUUUCACAGGAGACGAGAAAGCCCGAAUGCGAGCUCUGACCGUUGAUAGCUUCAACGGCUUAGAAGGUCUAACGUCUAGCUCUAGAGAUCAAAUUUGGCGAAUGCUUGUAAAAUUGGGAGUUAUCAUUGAGGACAACGUGCAAGAUCAUAUCAGAACAUCACAUGGAAAGAAAGGAAGGACUAUGCUCAACGAGGACAUCAAAUGUUUCCUGGAUAAGGGUGAAGAUCUUGGUAUCUAUUACAAUCAAGUUGAGAAUCUUAUCCUGUAUGCAAUCGCCUACAAAAUGGAAAUCACCCGCGAAGUAUUCUUCGACUUUUUCAUGAAGUGGAACAGUCCAAUAAACUCACAAACCUACGAAAAGAAGCUACUAUCAAUCGGUGAUUCAAUCUGGACAAUGCUCUCCACGAAUCGAUUCCUAGACGAUUCCUGCCUGCAAGCACUGUCCCCAUCGUUCCGUGAAGCCUUAUCCAACUACGCACCUCAUUUCCGUUCAAUCGUCCGGAUUCUGCACGAGGCCUUUGCGAUAUCGCUGGGCACCUCCCCAGCGGACGUCGAGUCGUACGAUAUCGACUCCAACGGCAAUCACGGAUGCUUCCGUACGGGAUCGCUAUGGUUCAGCUUGAGCUACUCGCAGUGCGGCAAUCGGCUCGAGUCGGUGACCGUUGAGGAUCCCGUUGAGUGCGGACCGUUCCGUGUCCGGCACGAUGAGCGGGGUAAUGUCGUUGAGGCAAGGCAUAAGGGGAUCGCUGGGAUUGAGUAUGAUAUGUUGGUUAAUCGAGCGAGUAAGGUCAUUCUGGAAGAUGGAAGAACUGUUCAGUUUUGGUACAAUUCUAGAGGUGAACGCGUUUUGAAGCGAGUUGAACACCUUGACGGAUCUGUUACCGAGCGAGUCUACGCCCGAGACGACAAAGGUCGCUGCUUAGUGGAUUACAAUUCCAGCUAUUCGAAACUCGGAGAGCUUCAAGAUCAAGUGACGACAUACUACAUUUACGACGAUCGAAGAUUGGUCGGCUUCAAGCGGGACAACCUGUACUACAACGUCCUAACAGAUCACGAGGGCUCUAUUCGUUUGGUACUCCUCAACGGCCAAGUUAUGGCGGCUUACGACUACAUGCCCUACGGUCAGAUCAUGCGUAAAUACGAGGUAGACGGUCGUAGCGGAACGAUCUUCCGUUUUACCGGUCAGGAGUACGAUGAAGAGCUAAAGCUGUACAACUACCAUGCUCGGCUGUACGAUCCGGAGUUGGGUCGUUUUCUUCAGGUAGACCCGUUAGAGCAGUACGCCAGCCCUUACAAAUACGCCGGAAACUCCCCGUUGGACAUGGUUGAUCCCGACGGACGGUUUGCGUUCCUAAUCCCACUGUCCAUCGUCGGAGGUGCCUACUUGGGAGGACUGAUCUACAACAGCAGUGCCAAACCGUGGGAGUGGGACUGGCACAGCCGGGGAACGUAUCUUAGUAUCGCUGGAGGUGCUGCCACCGGAGGAAUAUUCUCAGGAAUACUCGGCUUAGCCGGAACCGGUCUACUCUUGGGGGCAUAUCUCGGUGGAGCCAGCGCGGAAGACAGUUGGUUCCCGCGCGAUUGGAAGUGGGACAAAUCAACCUGGUUCGGAAUCUUCGCUGGAGGUGCCUCAGGAGUGCUUCUCCCUAACUCUUGGGCCUCCCUGGUGAAAUCGACCAGCGCAACCCAGAGCACGCUGGCUAUGGCGAUCUUCGGAGGUGUUGUGUACGCCGGCGGUAAUUACGCGCUAAACUGGCGAAAGUUCAAAAGUCCGAACCCCCUAGAUUGGGACUGGAGCCACCCGGGAAUCUACUACCGAAUGUUUGCCGGGCUCACCAUGUCUAUCAAUGUGGCGAACAGUGCGUUUACGUUUGUAAACCUGCUCGAUCAGAUGACGGAUUGCGUGAACGUUUUUGGGGUGCUAGAAACGGCCAAGGAUUCUGCAGUUGUGGACGUGGAGCUUUCGCUGGAAGCGUUGGCUCAGAAUCGAGCACUUUUAGAGCAAGCUUUUCCGCAUGCUAUCAAAGCGUUGACGUUCUUUGUUGCCUUUAUGAAGUAGAUAGGAUAUUUCAUCCUUCUAACUUCAUUUUCAUCACUUUUGAGUUAAUGAUUCGGUAUAGUUCAAAACCAUGCGAACUUGCAGAAAAAUCUUUACAUAUGCACCACCGUCAUCUGGGGAGAAACGGGGCUACAGUUUGAAUUAGAACAGCGAUUUUUUAGAGCACUUAAAUGUUUGAAAUACCGUCAUCUGGGGU